AUGACGGUCGCUUCAUCAAAUAUGUACGAUGCAGUUGAUGAGUAUCUCGAUGAAUACGACGGCCGGCGUGCAUAUGAACUCAUUAAAGAGAUGAUAUCUGAAGACAAGACACCGAACGCUAAAUUAGAAUAUCGCCUUGCACAUGCCUGCUAUAUCCUUUCGAACUUUUGCCUUUCUAAGGAGGAUGAACGUUACCGCCUGUUGGAAGAAGGUGAAUAA